UUUCUUUAAAACAAUAUUUUCCCGCCCUCCAGGGGGCAGCAGAGCGCCGGUGAGCGGAAGGGACGAUAGAAGAAGCGGUAAAACACGUCAUUUCCUGUGUUUGGUAACGGCUACACGGACACUGAUCUGAGAGCAGCCUUUUUUUUGUUCAGAACGUUCAAUAGUGACUCAACGCGCAUGUGUAGAACUGACUCCAGAACAGCCGUUUGUAUGCCGCUGUCUCUCCCGUCGCUUCUCUCGUUGUAUAAACCCUGUUGCCAAGGUCCAAACAUGGCUCUGAGUGUGUUGUACCACAGCCUGGGCUGCCGGUUGUCUCCCGGUAACGUUCAGGUCUUACAACAGUGCACUCGGACCCAAAAUGUCCGACUCGCUCACAGUGUUUACCGGACAGAAACGGGACUGAAACACAAACUGUGGCCGCGGAGAGCGCGCUGCUGCCCGGUGAAUGUGAGUCAGUGGCACACCUACAGAACAACUCAACCGUGGUAUCAACAGUCCUCAAGAGCAUUUUCCUCUUUACCUCCACCGCCCUCAAAAGGAGGUAAGAGCAAGAAAUCUGGGCCGGUGACGUGGAAAUCUUUAGCGAUAACGGUUGCUAUCGGAGGAUCUCUGCUCGGGGCGAUGAAGUACUUCAAGAAGGAAAAGGAAGAGCUGAUUGAAAAAGAACGGAACAAAUCGAUUGGCCGACCGGCGCUGGGCGGCCCGUUCUCACUCAUCGACCACAACGGCAAACCCGCCAAGAACGAGGACUUCCUCGGCCAGUGGGUCCUCAUCUACUUCGGGUUCACUCACUGUCCCGACAUCUGCCCGGACGAGCUGGAGAAAAUGAUCGAGGUGGUGGACGAAAUAGAUAACAUAAAGCCUAUCCCGAACCUGACGCCGAUCCUCAUCACCAUCGAUCCCGAGAGGGACACGCCGGAGGCCAUGGCUGCGUACGUUAAAGAGUUUUCCCCGAAGCUGAUCGGCCUGACUGGAACAAGAGCUCAGGUUGACGAGGUUUCCAGAGCCUACAGAGUUUAUUACAGUCAGGGACCAAAGGAUGAAGACAACGACUACAUUGUGGAUCACACCAUCAUCAUGUACCUCGUCGGACCCGACGGGGAGUUUGUGGAGUAUUUUGGUCAAAACAAAACAAACGUGGAGAUCAGCAACUCGAUAGCAGCACAUAUGAGAAAGUAUAAGAAGGCAAAGGGAGCCCAUUAAAGCUCACUGUGGACUGUUUGAACUUUAAUACUGACGCACUCUAUUUAUUUUAUAUCUGCAGUAACAGUCCUUUCUAUGGAAGCUCUAAUUCUGCUAAAGUGACCAAGAAAAAGGAUUGUUAGUCAUUAUAAUGAGAAAUGUCUCAAAAUAUUGACUUAGUAUCAAAGAUAUUGACUUAAUAUCUGAAAAUAUUGACAUAUAAUCUCAACUUUGUGUCAUUAAGUCAGAAUAUUGAGAGUUUCUUACUAUAAAUAGUAAUAAUUCAAAUAAUAAUACAUUUCUUUUCCUCGUCACAUUGGCAGAAACGGGCUUCCAUGCCUUUCAGCGAGUCGUGUGCAGGAAAAAAAAAAUCAGAUCUGAUGCCUGACUGACACUGUUCUCCAUUAUUACCCAUAAAACACUUCACGCUCCUGCUGACUGGACACAAUUUGACUGCUUUCAAAUUAUUGCACACGUCAGCUCCGCUGAGCUCCAACAGCUCUCAUUUCUCACCUGAAGACAAAUGUUGUAAAUGAAGUGAUUUGAUUUUGUGAUAAAAUACAAAAUACA